GGAUUCGCGAAUAUCGUUUUUCCUGUGUCCAUGCCUUUAAGUUCAACGGAGUGAUACGUGUAGCAUUGAAUGUUAGGUUUUGUUUUAUCAAAUGUAUUUCGAUUAAGCCUCUUAGAAAAUUGGUGCGCUGCGUGAGGGUAAUUUCGGGAUUCCUGUACUAAGUACGGGGUGGUAAAGCAGGACCAUGCUAACUAUGAUGGGGCGCCAGCUUCUAUUCGCAAAGCUGUUGGUAGCGAUAUUUUUGAUUGGAUCUACUACAGCACAUGGGUGGGGAGCGGAUGAUUUGGAAAUUUUCGAUCUCGUCGAGGAGGUGAAUGACAAUUUCUAUCAUGUAAUGAAUAUAAGCCAAGAUGUUUCGGCCGCGGAAAUCAAACGCGCCUUCCGCAAACUGUCCGUGAUUCUGCACCCGGACAAGAGUGACGCGGAGGAUGCGAACAUCCGAUUCCGGAAUCUCGUAUCGGUGUAUGAAAUCUUGAAAGAUCCAGUCAAACGGGAAAAAUAUGACAAGGUACUGAAGGAUGGAAUGCCUAACUGGAGGUCAGCGCUGUACUACUACCGCCACGUCCGAAAAAUGGGCAUUGUUGAAAGCGCAAUCAUCAUCUUCGUAGUCAUCACAGUCACGCAGUAUUUAGUAGCUUGGGCCGCAUACCUGGAGAAAAAAUAUACCGCAGAACAGAUCGUAGGAAGCAAGCUGAGAAAGUUGUCCAAAAAAAAGCAAACAAAUCAGCAUCUAGAGGAGCUGAUAUACGAAAUUCCUCAGCCAAGCAUCCGCAACACGUUGCCGUUUCAGAUUCCAAUUUGUCUGUGGCGUUCCAUUACAGGGACACCAACGGUUAUAAAGUCUCUCAUAGAGAUGUACGCACAACAGAAAAAGCAGGAAGAAGAAGCUCGCGAUCGGAAGAAAAAGGAGCUGGAAGAGCAGGUGGAGUUCGAGAAUCAGCGAGCCAAGGAGAAGGAGAACCGUACGUUGCGUAAACGUAGCAAGAAGCUUACUGUUCCUGAGAAAACAGAUGAAGAAUUGGCAGCCUACAGCCAGCGUAUCCUAGAGACGGAUGAAGAUGCCCGGCAAGAGUUUAAUCAAUUACCGCCCUCCACGCUAUCUGGUGGCCUCUGGACUGACGAUGAUCUAAAUGACCUCGUACGAUUGGUGAAGAAGUAUCCCGGUGGUACUAGCAAUCGGUGGGAUUUGAUAGCGGAGCUGAUGAAUCGUAAUGUAGAGGAAGUGACGUACAUGGCGACGAAAUUGAAGGAGGCUCCGCACCGGUUGGUUCACCAACCGAUGGAUAACCAAGUAGCCGUUGACGCUGUGAAGAGUAAAACAAAAACGCGAAACUCUGCUGGGGUCGGUAUGAGCGAGUUGACCAGCAGCUGGACGCAGCAGCAGCAACAGGCACUGGAGGCUGCAAUUCAACGAUACCCGAAGUCGACCAGCACUGACCGAUGGCAGAAAAUUGCCAACAACGUACCUGGUAAGACGAAGGACGAGUGCAUCGCGCGAUAUAAACAUCUCGUUGAGCUGAUAAAAAAGCAAAAGAAGGAUUCAGAAGCGUCGUCGAAUGAAGUAUCAACUGAUAGUCAUGCAUGUGUUUCACAUGAUAAUCAACAGCAGCUAAUAGAGUCCGGGGCGGGGCCAGAGGAUGUGACGAAAGAGAACAUUACUGGACUCGCCCAGUCCAAUGAAGAUGCAUCCGAUUCUAUAGAUCAGGCACCUGAGCCUCAGAAAGGAGGAAAAAGUCAAGCGAAAAGUCGAAGACGUGAGCGUAAGAAGGCUCUCGCCCAGUACAGUUACUCAGAAAACGAAUCGGAAUCGGAUUCAAACGACGAAUGAGCGAAAUAACACUGUGAAGAAAUA